UCUAAGUUGUUGGGGGGGUAGUAGCCAGCAGCAGCAACCAACGCGCAUCUCCCGUCGGCGAAACGGAAAACGCAACGUGAUAAACAAAUAUCUCACAGGAACACUCGGUCUGUAUCUAACUUUGGAUAAAUUUGUCGUUUAUACUGGUGAGGAGGUCGCGAUACAUACUAAGGGACCUCUGUGGAAGUAGCAGUGAUGUCUCAGGACAAGAGCGGCUACCCUGGAAUGGGGGAGUGCAACCCCCUCCACAACAACGUCUACGGCCAGCCCAACCCUACUGCACCGUUUGGGGCGCCUCCACCAAACUACAUGGGGUCCCCUGGGGCACCUGGAUACCCAGCCCCAGGACCCUACGCCCAGCCAGGCUUUCCCCAAGCCGCCCCCUACCCUCAGAUGCCCUAUCCACAGAUGCCCUACCCACAGCAGCCCUACCCAGGGCCAGGGUACGGACAGGUCCCACCACAGCCUGCCUUUGUCCCCAACCCCAAUGCACCCAUGAUGGACAGCCCUGGUUACCAUGGCGAGAACGGGCCUCCCUCAUACUAUGACAACGAGGAGUUCACCAACUCGGGCUUUGAGGAUAAGACCAUCCGCCAGGCCUUCAUCAGAAAGGUGUUCUUGGUCCUGACCGUUCAGCUUCUGGUCACCUUCUCCUUCGUGGCCGUCUUCACCUUCCAUCAAGAUGCCAAGAUAUUUGUGCGCCGCAACCCAUGGACGUAUUAUGUGUCCUACGCCAUCUUCUUCGUGUCCCUGAUUGUGCUGAGCUGCUGUGGAGAGUUCCGUCGCAAACACCCAUGGAACCUGAUAGCCCUGUCUAUCCUGACUCUGAGCCUGUCCUACAUGGUGGGGAUGAUCGCUAGCUUCUACGACACCGACUCUGUGAUCAUGGCUGUGGGCAUCACCGCAGUGGUCUGCUUCUCAGUGGUGCUGUUCUCUCUCCAGAGCAAGUACGACUUCACUUCCUGCCGCGGGGUUCUGUUCGUGUGUCUGAUCGUGCUGCUGCUCUUCUCCAUCCUCUGCAUGUUCAUCCGCCACAAGAUCCUGCACAUCGUCUACGCCUCGCUCGGCGCGCUGCUCUUCACCUGCUUCCUGGCCGUGGACACGCAGCUGCUGCUGGGCAACAAGCAGCUGUCUCUAAGCCCAGAGGAGUACAUCUUUGCCGCCCUGAACCUCUACACUGACAUCAUCAACAUCUUCCUCUACAUCCUGGCCAUCGUAGGCCGCUCGAGGGAGUAAGCGCUCGGCGCCCCUCAGUGGAGAGGAGGAGAAGCGCGCGUGCGGUGUGGAAGGAAGGGGAAAUAAAAUCAAGCGAAUGGUUGUUGUUUCUUCUCUCCCUCUCCCUCUAUCUCUCUCUCUGUCUCUCUCUAUCCUGUCGUCACAACUUUUCCAAAGAACCCUGCACCUCCGCCUUCAUUUUCCAUCCUCCCUCCGCCCGCCAGUAAGAGUAGGCGUGAUUGGCUGAAUGAUUGACUGACAGACAGACCAACCAAUGAGAGCCUCUCUGCCCUGUGGAGAGCAGAUGAGAAGUGCAAGUUUUUAAAUCCUUAUUAUUUAACCACUUCAAUCAGUCUGAGACCCCUGGCCACAGACUCUUUAUCCGUGUAAGGUUUUGUUGAAACUCUGCACCAUGCUGUGCUCCAUGCUGUACAGUUCGCUUCUUGCGCUGGAGACGCCGACCUCUUGUCAGAGAAGCCGGAGGGAUGCAUGUUUGAGCUCAGCACUCUGAAGGCUGCAGAUGGAACAGAUAACACACCAAAACGGGUGUAAUUCUUUGUAAAAAAAUGGAAAAAUCAGACCCGUUGAUUCACUCUUGCACCACAUGUUGCCCUUCUGUAAGCCUUCAGUGUAACCUCCUGUGCAUGCUGAUUGCAACACUGCUCAGAUAGACAGACGGACAGACCGAUCUGAGGACAGACUUCCUCUGCUUCUUGCUAAGCUGUAAAUAGCACAUCACUUUUCAACCCUCUGCUCUCCUCCUCUCUCCUUUCUUCCCUUUUUUCCCGUUCGCUCUCUUUUAUCUCUCUCUCUCUCUCUCUCUCUCUCUCUCUCUCUCUCUCUCUCUCUCUCUCUCUCUCUCUCUCUCUCUCUGUGCAUGCCUGCUCUCCAUGUGCAACCCCGACCCAGUGGUGCUACAUGGGAAAUAUAACAGAAUGUGCAGACAUCACUGUAUAAGUAACCAAUCACUCUGUUUGGAACAACAGUAGACAACAUAGAGAAGAGAAAAUAAUAUAAGAGAAUCUACACCGGUAGAGCUAGACAUUUGUACUCCUAAAUAGACACUGAUCUCGAGGAAAAGGCCUUUUAAAUAACACUCCCAGCACAGGCGUGAGGGAGAAGGUUGCGGUUUCGUUUUGGUGAUUGACCAGAAAUUUGCCGUUUUUAAAAGGCCUGUUACACUUUGUGUUCCGUAUUUGAUAUUUGCUUUCUCCUUUUUCGUCAGAAUCACUGAAAUGUUCCCACUAUCCCCCUCCUGUCAUCUGCCUGUCGCUCCCCGCUGCUUCUCUGUAUCUCUUUUGUCCUCUGUCUCUUUUAACGUAGCGGUCUUAGUGUUGUGUUUUUUGAGACUAAUGUGAAAGUUUGAAAAGUAUUGAAAGUAUUAUUAAUUUGUUUUUGUUUAAUUUUUAACCAAGCACUCUGAGGGGUUCGGAAGUUAUGUACAUGAGGCAUUUUAACAUGUUAACAAGCAUUGGACACUUCUCCAAUGUGUGUAGUUGUAAUUAUAUUUGACAUAUUUAUUGCAGAGACUGUAUAGGCUAGGCUGGAAUUGGGCAAAUGUAUUGGUUGGUUAUUUCUCUCUCUUUCUUUCUCUCUUUUUUUUUUCUCUCUCUCUCUCUCUCUCUCUCUCUCUCUCUCUCUCUCUCUCUCUCUCUCUCUGUAAACUUUGUAGUGGUUUCAGGCUGCUUUCACAAGAUUAGCAUAGAGCAUUAUCGCAAACAAUCUGACUUCUAGAAGUAAUGAGAUGCUAUCAAAAUCCGGAAACAUCAUGUGUCAAUACGAUACAGUUAGCUACAUUUUAUUUAGGCUUACCGUUGUCUUGUACCCUUGGAAGUUAACAUAUUUGAAGUCAAAUGAAUUGCCUACGUAUUACCGCUGUGAGUGGUGUAGAAUUUAUUAAAUACAUUUCUAUUAAAUGCAUCCAAAGCUGGAGGAAGCAUUGAUUUGGCCACAGAUGCAUUUCAAUGAAAACUUGUUAUAAUUCCAUACAAAUGUUUUAGCAUGAAGAGAGAGAGAGAGAGAGAGAGAUGGACAGACUAAUGUAUUUGUGCUGUUAAUCUAAUAAAUGGUGGAUUGAAUGUUCAUUUCUUAAUAAAGGAUCUACAGGAAAAUGGUAACCAAAAAAAAAAGACUGCUUCCUCUCAACUAACCUGCAUGUGGUGCUGGUGUGUGCUGAAACUGCUGUUGCUGGGAGACGCCUCUCGAGAAAGCCCCUCCUGCCUCCCAUGUUUUAGUUCUGAUCUGCAACCCUCUUUUAGACCUCUGAUUUCUCUGUUUGUGUUUGUAACUAACUAACUGUCCGUAAAGCCUCUGUAGUGGACUGAGUGUAUAGGGUGAGCUUUGGCCUUUGUAGUUCUGUUUGCACUGUACAUUUGCAUUAAACUGAACUGGGAUUGUAUUCCUCUUCACUGCUGUAUGCUUUACAUUAAAACAAGAAACAAAACAGAAA